AUGCAUUAUCAAAUUCGGAGAUGGGGAUAUUCUAUCAAGAAUUCAAACAAGAGUUUUAUACUACUUACCUACUACUUACCUACAAUUGCAAAAACAUUUCGAACUUCUAUGGAACGCAAAUGUUUUUGGGCUCAUUCAUAUCAUUUAAGAUUGCCUACAUAUGGAAACAAUAUGAAUAAUUACGUGGAAAGGAGCUUUGGAAUAUUAAAGGACAUAGUUUUUGCACGAACUCAGGCGUUUAACUCUGUUCAA